AUGAACGAAACUGAUUUAUUGGAUUAAGAAAGUUCAAAAAAUUCUAAAUCUAUAGACUCUGAUUUAGAUUCCAAUUUUUUUGAGGAAGGGGAAGCACAAAAUUAGUAAAAUAAUAAUCUGGAUGCAUAGGAUGAAGAUGGGACUAGAGUAAUGAUAGACCCACCUGAGGAUGAGAUUUUAAAAAAGAAGGAAUAUGAUCUAAAACAAAAUGAAAAAAAAUCUCCUUUAAGCCAACAUAAACAGAUUAUUAGUUUCAGAGAAAAAUCUUCCAGUAAAAUAAUAGAUGAGUAGAAUUCAUCUUUAUUUCAAUCUAAUUAAGAUUAAAAAUAAAUCACAAGCAUUAUUUUCAAGAACGAUGAGUCAACUCAAGUUUCAAUAAAUAAACCACUAGAUGGAAGUGAAUAAGUCACUCCAUUACCCUUAGUAUAGAAAGGUGUUUACAGUUUAGAAUCAGAUAUAAAACUAGGCUGGAGACCUAAAGAAAUGACUAAACCUAAGUAUGCAUUUGAAGUACCCCCAGUGGUUGCAUUUAGAUAUCCAGAAGAUGAUAUUUUCUCAUCAAAAUAAUAACUAUAGUAGACAAAUUUGAGGGAAUAAAAAAAAAGAGGUUCAUCAGCAAUUAUUCUUCCAAAUUUAGUUACAUAAGAGGCAUCUAAAGAAUCAUACAAAAAUUCAGAAUAAUUUUAAUCAUAAGAAACAAAGCAACCUAAGAACUAAAAGUAAAUGACAAUAGAAGACUAUAUUAAAAAUAUUAUGUAUUAAGGAUUCAGACCUAGAGAUUCCCUUGAAAUUCAUGAAAGUUUUAGGCAAAAAUUCUACACAUUUGAUUUCCCUUAAUAUCAGAAUUUAAAAAAGCCAAACGUUUAAGAUAUAUCCUCCAUGUUUAAUAAAGACCUUAAUACUGAAAAAUCUCCUUUAAAGUUUGAUUCAUUCUUUGAGGCAGGUAAUCUAGAUAGGGUGGUAAAGGUCAACGACUUUUAGUAUGAUUUGUUCUUAAGACCUGACACAAAUACAAAUGGAUAUUGCAAUUGGUUUUACUUUAAAGUCAAUUUCAAUCAUGCAUAUUUCGAUAAUCAAAAUAAUGCAGGAGGUAGUGGUUCCACUCCUAUAAAUGGUGAGACUAACAAGUAUUAGUAUAGAUUUAAUAUAGUAAAUAUGUACAAGAAAUUUCAGCUUUUUUGUCGUGAUCAGAAACCUUUAAUUUAAUCAAAGUAAAAAUAGAUUGAAAAUCCAAAAUUAAAAAGUUAAUGGAGUAAAGAUGGAGUGAGUAAUGUAAAAUAUGGACCGAGCAAAGCUGUUCCUACUUUAGGGAGAAAGAAAAAAUACUAUUAAUUGACCUUUACUUACUAGUUUGAGUAUCCUUAAGAUGAGGUUAUGUUUGCUUAUUCCUUACCUUACUCAUAUUCUCUACUUUAGUAGCAUAUUGAAUAAUAUAAAGAAAUUCAACGAUAAGUUUACAAAAAUGAAGAUGCAAUAUUUGACUCAACGUUGCUCUGCAAAUCACUUUCUGGUCUAUCCAUUCCCUUGAUUACGAUAACUGACUUCUAGGAUAAAAAAGUGGACUAGAAAAAAAUAAUACUCAUCUAAGGUAGGGUUCACCCAGGAGAAACUCAUGCUUCUUGGAUUGUUCAUGGAUUAAUUCUAUAAUUAUUAGCUAAUGAUAAUUUAGCUAAAUAGCUUAGAGGCAGAUUUAUUUUUAAGAUAGUACCCAUGAUUAAUCCAGAUGGUGUAGUAUUUGGGAAUUACAGGACUUGCUUCCUGGGAAAAGAUAUGAAUAGAAUGUUUUUCGCUAAUUAGGAAGAUGCCUUGGAUAAAAUAGAUGAAAGGCUUAUACCAGAAAUAGUUGCUAUUAGAAAAUUGGUUGCAUAUUGCUAAAGUUUAGAUAAAGCAAAAGUAUUAGGAUUCUUUGAUGUCCAUUAACAUUCAAAAAGAAAAAGCAUCUUUCUCUAUGGACCAUAGUAUCCUUUACAUCAUAGUUCUUAUUCAGCUGUGAGAGUACUGCCUAGAAUUUUAAGCUCUAAUUCUGAAGAAUUUAGGUUUUAUUCCUGCCGAUUCAGAAAUGAAGAUUAUAAGGAAAACUGUGCCAGAAUGUUUAUUGAGAGAGAAUUUAAUAUAACAUUUAGUUAUUGUAUCGAGUGCUCGCAAUAAGGAUUUAUGAAUAGAAGCAGAUAAAUUGUAGAUUUUAAUGAGAAGAAUCUAACAGAAUUCGGUAAGACCUUAGCAUUGUCACUCUUGCAGUUUGGAGUCUUGAUUGAAAACUAAAACAAAAUCGUUGAAUAAAAGAUAUAGAGUAAAAUGCUGAAGGAAUAGUAAAAGAUAGAAUCUUUAAAGUAACUUCAGCUCAGAAGAAAUGAAACUAGCAGAUUAAAGCUUGAAGAAAAAAGAUUUAAAGAUAGAGAGAAGUAAUUAGAAUAGAUGAACCAUAGGGAUAAUAUGCAAGGCUCAUUUUCUUAAUUCAAAAAUAAUGAUCUUAGUUUUGAUGGGAUAUAAAGACAGACUAAUGGAGAUAUCAUAGAUCAUAGAAGUCUGCAAAGAGCAGCCCCAUUAACAAAUAAUCUGCUGAUUGGAAGAGAUAUUAGUUAAAUGAGUCUAAAUGACUAUAUAAAUUUAAUGAACAAUGACAACCCUUACAACGAAGAAAUUAAUGAUUCAGACUUAGAUAGUCUUGAGGAUAAAGAUUGCCCUUCAAGUGGAUCAGAGUCUGAUGAUUAAGAAUUUUCGAAAGAAAUUUAAGAGUAACUUUAUAGAGAUAUACUUAAAAAAUUCGAUAUUACUUCCAAACCUCAAUAACAUGAAUCUAGAAAACAAUCAAUAAGAAUAACUCUUUAAACCCAGUAAGCAACAGAUGAAGAAAAUAACCCUCCUAUCAUAGAUGAUUCAUUUCUAUCUUCAAGAUUCGAUGAAAAUCUUAUUAAGCCUACUGCAAUCAUUACUAAGCCCCAAGUUAUAAUGUCUAAAUUAACCUAUCCUAUGCAGUAGUAUUUGAAUCUUCCAAAAGCUUCGGUUUAAAAUAACAAUUAUCUUUAUUAAUCAAAUACAUCAUCUUUCAAAGAAAUUCCAAAUGGUAUAGUAUUGCCAGUCAAAGAGUAUGACUUCGAUUAGAAAUCUCCUCCCAAAUAGAACAGAAGAAAACUGCUAUAAUAAUAACUCCAACAAAAGGUAAACUAUUUCAGUCAAAGACAAAGUAAAAGCAAUUUUAAUGCUAAAAAUUUGAUUCAAAAUCUCCAAGACUUAAAUACUUAGUCUUUUCAUAAGAAAAGUUAAGGGAGUUUAUCAAAUAACUAAUCUUUAAGAUAAUUGCCAGUGAAUAACUUUAAUAACUAGAGUCUAAAAAAUUUUCCUAAUGAUAAUGAAAAUAGCUAUGAUCAGUAGCCGUAACCAAGAACAACUGCUAAGGUCAAGAUUAGAAUAGUUUUCAAUUCUCAACAGCCAUAGCAGAGAAAUAAGUCCUUAAACAACUCAGCCUCUCAAUCGUAUAUAUUAACAGCAUAAAAUUCUCCCAAAAAUAUAAAUUAAGCAAUUCAUACCAAGAUUAAACCUGAUAGAAAGCGUAAAGAAAGAUUGAAUCAAAAUAAUUCCUAUGUAGUUAAGCCUAAAUAGCUUGAGGUUUUUAGUCUACAGGAAUAAGAUCCAGCAUAAGCUCUUGAGGAAAAAGUCUAAGUAAGAUUAUUCAAUGAUUCUUUAAUCAGAAACGACAAGCUAAAAGACGAAUACUAGAAAUUAAAAGAUAUCAGACAAAGAAUAAAAAGAAAGCAAGAAAUACUAUCAAAAAUAGGAGAUAAACUUACUAAUUAUCAAUCUCAAUAGCCAUCUCCAUUGAGAGAUGUAGUAGUAUUUAAUCACAAAGACUAUAUGGGAUUUUUCCAGAAAAGUAGAUAUCAAGAAAGCACUAAUAUCAGAGGUGUUACCCCAAAUAACCAGGUAUUCUUUAAAAAAGAAAAAUUACCUAAAAAUGAGUUGAAUUACAUACAGCCAUUGCCCAGAUAUAAUUAGAAAUUAGCAGAUGGAGCAUUGAUAUGCCAGCCUGAAAAAAUAAAUAGGGCAAUUAGUUAAUAGAGGAUGAGAGAUUAGAUUUAAUGA